AUGUCGCAAGUACAGCCGAGAGCGUGGGAGAGGGCGCCAUUGUACAGAGACCUCAAGAAAAAAAAACAGGUCUGCAAGAGGCCCGCACUGGGUAAGGAACAUCAUAACACAGACACAUACGAGUCAGACAUACAGAACUGCACCAAGAAACAUCGACACGCGUCACUACAGCCGCGCGACACGACCCUCGCGCGCGAACUCUCGGCGCCAAGUGAGGAGCCGCCGACAGCCGCUGGAGCCUGCGCCCCGACCUCCGCCCUCCGCCCCCCGCCCCGCUCACUAACAAACACUAUGCGGACGGUCACGACUCACGUGGACAUCUUACUAUGA